AUGCCUCCAAAGUUUCCUACAUAUGUUUUGACAGAGCAGUUGACGGCAUUUGUGGAACGGGCGAUGCAGGAAGCCGAUGUGGUGGUCAUUGAUCAUUGGCGAAGAAGCCGGGCCAUGAGUAGGUUUCCCUGUUAUCAAUACGCAGGUGAAGCAGAUCGUCCAGUCAGCCCUCACGCUAAUCCCACGCCACAUCUGCCUAUUGAGCCACUGAACAGUGCUGGCCCGGACAUCAGCCGUGAUGACUUUGACCCUCAAUCUAAUCGACUGUCUGCUUUGCGCGCCCUGCAGUACCCCUACCAGGACUGGGGUGUUAAUUCUAAUUCGACAUGGCUGUCUGGUCUUGCUUGCUUAGAGCUGCGAGAGGAGAAGUUCAUUCCCAGGGUAGACAGCGACGAUGAGGAAUGA